AUGUCACCGAGGUUUUCAACUUACUUGUACCGGCCGCCGACUGACCCAAUUCAGCUUGUUGUUGUUGUUGCAUUCAACGUCUUUUGCCAAAUACUACUUAUUUUCCUCCACAAGUUUCAAGCAGUGGUCCGAUGGACCAUGGGACUCACUGUCCUUCUAUGCCUGAUCUACUUGAUUCUUUUCCUCAUCCAACGAAUGCCCCUUUGGCUGUUUUGGGAGGGCUGGAAGGACAAGACUCCCCGCGGUGUAAUCGUCGAUGGCAAUGCCAUGGGAAUCUCUCACGGGACACUGAACGUCGCAUUGGACAUCUGGAUGCUUAUCCUCCCUUUGAGCCAACGCUUAAAAUCGGGGGUCAAAUUCAAUAAAAAGGUUGGCGUUGUUGCCAUGUUUAGCUCUCACCACAGUCAGUACGAUUCGGAUUCCAAGUCUCUUGGUCUUUUCAGCAUCGUGGAACGUGACCGAUCGGUCCCUGAGGACCACCUAGUAAACUGGGACUAA